CACAGAGAGACCGCUAUCCAUUCAGACUGUCCUGACAUUAGUGCGUUCUCCUCAGCAGGUUAGUCCUUUCACUCUUGUCAGUUUUUCAUCUAAUCCUUAUUGAAGUCCGCGUUUCAAAGGCAGCGUUGUCUUUGGAAGCAACUUGGUUUUGGAGACCUACGCGUUUGUUACUUGUGAAGAGUCCUCUCUGUAGUGAAGAUGAGCCGCUCGCGCAGUGUUGUUCCUCUGCUGCUGUUGGUGCUGUGCGGAGCCGCAGAGUUUGCCGAAGCCUGCAGCUGCUCUCCUGAACAUCCUCAGCAGGCGUAUUGCAAUGCGGAUGUCGUCAUCAGAACCAAAGUAGUCGGAAAGAAGGAGGUGGUUACCGGCAAGGAUGCCUAUGGCUAUCCAGUCAAAAUGAUCCAAUACGACAUCAAACAGAUGAAGAUGUUUAAGGGCCCUGAUCGAGAGAUUGAUACCGUCUUCACAGGCCCCUCCACAGCUUUGUGCGGGGUCAAACUUGAGAGUGAUGGCAAAAAGGAGUACCUGAUUACAGGUAAUUUGGAUUCAAAUAACACAUUGCGUGUAAGUCUUUGUGACUACAUUGAAUCUUGGGAGUCUCUGAGCAUGACACAGAAAAAGUGCUUGGGUCAGCGCUAUCAGAUGGGCUGUGAUUGCAAGGUGGUCCAGUGUUCCGUCAUUCCCUGUUCCAUUAGCAGCCCUACAGAAUGUCUUUGGACUGACUGGGUGCUGGAGGGAACUGUUCAGGGCACUCAGGCUCAGCACUUCACCUGCGUUAAGAGGAACGACAGCAGCUGUGCCUGGUACCGUGGAUCCGCCCCACCUAAAAAAGAGUUCAUGGACAUUGAGGACCCAUAAGCUAGUUCUCUGCUUCAUCACUCAUUCAGAAAACACACCAAAACACAGCUACCAACUCACACCUUAAUUCUGCAAAUGCAUUCUAGAUCUCAUAAAACCUGUCAAGAACAUGUCUGGGCCAUGAAGGGCUCACCCCAAAUUCAAAGGAAAAAAAAAAGAUAUAAAUGGUAAUAUUUUUUUGUAAUAAUAAUGUAAUAAUGAAUCAUAUUUUGUGUAAGAAAAAAACAAUAAAUGUUAAAGACCAUAAAGAUGCCCUUCCUCCAGUUUUCAUUAUGGUGAUACAAAUUACAAAUAUAUAUGUUUAAAUAAAUAUUUGAACAUCAUACUUUUAAUUUAUGUUGUUUUUUAUUAAAAAAAAAAAAAAAAAAGUGUCUCCAUACAGUGUGAUUCACAUUAUUACAGUAAUACAAGUACAAGUAAUUAAAAUCAGCAUUGACUCGUAUGGACAUGCUACUAUGUUCUGUAUUGUUCUUUUGAUUUUAGGGUGAAUUGUGAUGCAGGCAUUUCUGUGUAAUAUUAACCCAGACAGGACAGGACAUACAGUACAUUUGGCUGCAUGUUAAUAUAUCACGUGAAUCUUACCUCUAUUGUUGAAAUAUUACGACAGGCAGAAAAGUUUCUCAUAAGCACUCUGAGAAACAAGUGUUGUUUUGUUAUAUUUUUGCUCUCUAAUAAAGAGGAAAUUGAUUACAAUGUUGCUUUUCAGUUCCUCAAGCACAGGCACUGCAAUUUUGAAAUCCUGAAAACAAGAUUGUUGAAAACAAGAUUGAAAAAGCAUUUAGGCAGAAGGCUUUUCAGAUCAUAUCCAAAGUUUUGACUGGUAAAGUAUUUUGAAUGAUAAAAGAGCAUUUUUUUUUUUUUUCUUUAUGAUGGCAUUUUCUCCAGAAUUUUCACUUUCUUUAAAAAAAAAAAAACAAAAAAAAACACGAAUGUAUAGUUUUGUAAAGCAGAUAAUGAAGGAAGCAGGAAUCCAGCAUAUGAACUCAUGAAGGUAUUGAGAACUAGGUUUUGAUUUUAACAUUUUUUUACUGCAUAAAUUCCAUAUUUCAUAGUUUUGAUUUGACUAUUAUUCUAAAAUGGAGAAAAAGGUAAUAAUACAGAAUAGUAUAAUUGUGUCCAGACCUUAAACUGAAUUGAGUUCAUGUGUAAGGAAUGUAUAUUGUCAGUAAGAUGUAAACUGUGCAUAUAGCAACAUACAUAGAUCUGGCAAAAAAUGUAUGUAAUAUAUACAAGAUUUUCUAAUUUAUAUCAAAAUCAUUCCGCUCUGAAUGUGUCCAGAAAUAUAGUGUUCUUUCUUUCUUUCUGUCUUGAUCUUGGUAAUAAAGUGUUGGUUAAAUUAGUGAAUGCUUUAAUUUUAUGACUCCGAAUUCUUCACUGAAAACUGCAUUUAUUAAGGGAUUAUGUCUGGUCAUGUCUUAGAAAUGUUUUCCCCAUGAUAUUUUUGUACAUUUGUGUUAUUUUCCCUUGUGCAGUCAUAUGACAACUUUUUUUUUAAGUAGUGUGAGAUUUCCAGUGCUGGAGCCACAGACUUGUUGAGAGCUAGCUUUUGCAUGCCUUUUAAAGUUUAUUACUCAUUGUUAAUACUGUUAUGGUAUUCAUGAAUAAAGGAGCAGAAAUGUC